UUGUAGAAAUCAAUAGUGGUGGUUCGGGAGUGAUUUAUAAAUCCGAAUGUGAAUGUUGCAAAAGUACGAAAGCUCUUAAGCGCCUGAGGGAUGGUACACAAAAUAAAAAUUUCGACAACGAGUGA